AUGACUGAACAACAAGAAGGAAACACCCUCCAUCUACUGGGAAUUGGAGUCACCCACUCAAUUGCUCCUCAAAUGCACAAUCACAUUGCCAAGUCUCUCGGUCUAUCAUGGACCUUCUACUCAACUGAAUGCGCAAGCACUGAAGACUUACUCGCUAUAGGCAAGAGGUCCACCACUGCCGGACUGGUAAUCACAAUGCCAUACAAAAAUACAGUCAUGCCGCUUCUGGAUAGACUAGACGAGCUUGCGACUAUCAUCGGUGCUUGUAAUAACGUCUACUACCGAGAUGGAAACCCACGACGCCUCAUCGGUACGAAUACUGACUGGAUAGGUGUUAAGGGCUGUCUUUUGGAAAAGGGCGAUGAGAGUGAAAGACCUUCAGCUACAUCGCUAUCCAGCGCCUUGGUUAUCGGUGCUGGCGGUGCCAGUCGCGCUGCAGUUUACGCACUUACGGUUCAUCUGCACUGUCCUACUAUCUACGUCCUUAACCGGGAUGAUGCCGAAGUUGUGGCUCUCAUUCACGACUCGCAGCGAUUGCCUAGUGUUCCCAAGAUCAUUCAUGUCAAGUGUCUUGAGCAGGCGAAGGAACUGUCUACUCCUUACUAUAUUGUUGGCACGGUGCCUGAUUUCGAGCCAUCCACGGAAUCAGAGAAGAUCGUUCGCUCUGUAUUGGAGCUUUUCCUUUCUCGACCGGAGAAGGGUGUCUUGCAUGACAUGUGCUUCAAGCCAAGGCGGACAAGAACUAUUAAGUUGGCUGAGCAGCUUGGUUGGCCGACUGUGGAGGGAACGCAUGUUAUUGGCUACCAGAUUGAGAAGCAAUGGCGUCUUUGGGCUGGAGAGGAAGCUGUUAAGAAGUUGGAUAAGGAAGGUGCUUGGAAUGUUUUGUUGCAAGCUGCAGAAGAAAGCACAGCAAUCAACUUCUAG